AUGGCCGCUGCAAGACGCGAUUUUGUUUCUGAGAUCACACUGGCAAAGGAAUCAUCGGAUGUUGUUGUUCGAGUUAUUCAAUUGUGGUUUGUGACAGACAUGAAUUCGAAACGAAAGUAUUAUGCGAUGGAGAUGGUUCUACUGGAUGAGAAGGUUGUUGCUGUUGUGGAUAUUACAAGAAAGUUCUCAGCAAAUCAGAAUACUAUUACGGUUGGCGGGUCUUUUGCUAUUGACCCUCUGACACAGGCUAAAAUAAGGUUCAAUAAUUAUGGAAAACUUGGGGGACAGUUACAACACGAGAUUUUCCCUAAGUCAGUGCUGAAUAUUUUUUGUAAGGUUGGUACCAAGUCCCUGUAUAAAAAUCCAAAGUUUGGUUUUUCCAUUGAUCUCAAACCUUGA